AUGACGUACGGGAGUGGCCGCACGCGGCAAACUGGAGGUUUCGAUAUUGACGGUGACGAGGUCCACUAUCCAACUCGACCGGUGGACAAGGACAAGGCGGAAUCGGAGCUCGCAAUCAACAUCAAGAAAGCCACGAAUCCAGACGAGACUGCCCCGAAGCAGAAACACGUUCGCAAAUGCAUCGUAUAUACAUGGGACUAUCAUUCGUCGAUAUCCUUCUGGAGUGGCUUGCGCGUGCAACCUAUCCUAUCCGAUGAAGUUCAGACCUUCAAGGCGCUCAUCACUGUUCACAAGGUCCUGCAAGAAGGCCAUCCCAUCACGAUCAAAGAAGCUCACGGACAAACAGGAUGGCUCGAAACAUGCGCUCGGACGGUUGGGCAUGAAACCCCGCGGGGGUAUGGACCUCUCAUCCGCAGCUACGUGCAAUUCAUCCUUGCCAAACUCCGCUUCCAUCGGCUACGGCCCGAGUUCAAUGGUCUCUUUGAAUAUGAAGAGUAUAUAAGCCUGAAAGGGAUAGACGAUCCUAAUGAAGGCUAUGAGACUAUCUCAGAUCUGAUGGGGCUUCAAGACCAAAUUGACUCCUUCCAGCGCCUCAUUUUUGCUCAUUUCAAAGGCUCUGCAAACAACGAAUGCCGCAUUUCGGCCCUUGUUCCGUUGGUGAAGGAGAGCUGGGGCAUCUAUCGCUUCAUCACGAGCAUGCUCAGGGCCAUGCAUCGUAAGACCAACGACCCAGAUGCUCUGGUUCCCUUGGUUCAGCGGUACAACUCUCAACACCACGCUUUGCGCAAGUUUUACUAUGAAUGCUCAAAUCUGAAGUAUCUUACCGGCCUUAUCAACGUGCCUAAACUCGGUCAGGAUCCUCCUAAUCUUACGGACAAAGGCGAGGCGCCUCCCAUGCCUGCCCGCCCCACCACCGCACCUGCACCGUCUCCUCCUCCGGUGCCUUCUGCUGAUGCCGCCAUGGUCAGUGAACAGGCACGCAUGCUCAAGGAGUAUGAGGAACAGCAGAAGGCACUCCAGGCUGCUCGUGAAGCUGAAGAACGGCGCAGACUCGAGCUCGAGGCUCAGCAACAGCGGGAGUUCGAGGAACGUCAAAGACAGCAAGCCGAGCAGCAAAGACUUGCACAAGAACAGCUUUUGCAACAGCAAAUGAUGCAGUAUAAUAACCAGGCUGCAGCACAAGUCCACGAGCUUGAACGUCAGCUCCUCGCUAUUCGAGGCGAAUACGAGCGCAAUCAACUCAUGCUCGAGCAAUAUGAUCGAAGAGUGAAAGCGCUCGAGGGAGAGCUUAGCACCGUUGGCAUGAACAUCGGGCAACAGCUGGCUUCGAAGGAUGAUUUGAUCAAGCAACUUCAAGAUCAAGUUACGCUUUGGCGGAACAAAUACGAGGCACUGGCCAAACUGUACAGCCAGCUGCGCACGGAGCACCUGGACAUGCUGGCGAAGUUCAAGCAAUUCCAGCUUAAGGCUAACUCUGCUCAAGAGGCUAUCGACAAGAUGGAGCGUAUGGAGCGGGAUCUCAAGGCCAAGAACAUCGAGCUAGCGGACAUGAUUCGCGAGCGCGACCGGGCCAGGUUUGACCUUGAUAGACAGAAGGCAUCCCACAAGGAUGAGCUAGAUCGUCUUCGUCGCGAACUGAACUUCGCCAACGAACGAGCGGAAGAUGCUUCUCGAUCGAAGAGCUCCGAAGUUUCGACUGUCAUGUCGAAAUACAAUCGGCAGCUCACGGAGCUUGAAGAUUCCUUACGGGCCAAACAACUUCAAAUCGACGAUUUACUCGCGAAGAUUGACGCGCAAGCUGCCGACAUGGAGCGCCUCCGUGAGGAGAAGGACCAGGAGAUCGCAAUCUUGAAUGAGGGGAUGGACAGCACGAUUGCUCAGCUGUCGGAGGCUCAACAGCAUCAAAACAUCGCCGAGGAAGCAACCAACGCGCAAAUUGACACUCUGAUUCUUGAUAACCGGAAGAAGCUCAACCAGAUCAUCGACUCGAUCUUGCAAGCUUGCGUGCAGAAGGUUGACAAUGCCCUGUAUGAAUUGGAGUCGCCUACACAAGCGGGCAAUCUCAAUUCCACGCCUGAAUAUACCCUUUCGAUGAUUGAAAAGGCGAAUGGAAUGGCGACGGACUUUGCGAUGGUCUUCAACCUCUACCUUGGUGGCGAAACCGGCGGAGACCACGUCGAAGUCAUCAAAGGAGCCAACGAGCUCGCACAAUCACUGUCUGACGUUCUGAUCAGCACCAAAGGCAUCACUCGGCUAGCCCCCGAUGACGACGCUUCGGAUAAAAUCAUCAACCAGGCCAGGACAGCUGGAGAGUCGGGGUUGCGAGUUUUCCUGAAUCUGCAAUCGUACAAAUUGGAUCUCAUGCAACCUGCGGCAAGGAAGGAGGUUGCGAUGCGCAGCAAUGGAGAAGUUCGAGCGGCCCUCACCAAGCUAUCGGAGAUCAUCGACGGGCUCGUCCCCAAGGGCAACAAGGGCGGCGCACUGGCGAAAGCCAACGGCGAUCUUGGCGAUCUCGUAGAGCAGGAGAUGAUGGGCGCCGCGCAAGCCAUCGAAGCUGCCACGGCCCGCCUGCAGGAGCUCAUAUCUCGUCCCCGCGAUUCAUCUCGGUUCAGCGCCAUCGAUAUCAAGGUCCACGACUCGAUUCUCGCUGCCACAAUGGCAAUCGCUAAUGCAAUUGCACGUCUGAUCCAAGCUGCGACAGAAUCUCAACAAGAGAUCGUCGCCCAAGGAAAGGGUUCCAGCACGACGGCGCAGUUUUACAAGCGCAACAACCGGUGGACCGAGGGCCUCAUCUCUGCGGCUCGCGCCGUUGCAUUUGCCACGAAUUUGCUCAUUGAGAGCGCCGACGGCGUCUUGUCAGGUACCCAUUCGUUGGAGCAACUUAUCGUGGCGUCCAACGAGGUUGCUGCUGCCACCGCACAGCUCGUGGCGGCGUCGCGCGUGAAAGCGAGCUUGAUGUCGAAGACUCAGGAACGGCUCGAGUUGGCUGCAAAAGCAGUCACUGAAGCGGUGAAGGCUCUCGUCCGACAGGUCAAGGCGGUAUCCGCGAGGCAAGCCGAAGAAGAGGAUGUCGACUACAAGAAUAUGGCAGUGCUCGAGUUCAAGAGAAGGGAGAUGGAGCAACAAGUCGAGAUACUUAGGCUCGAAAAGGAGCUCGGUGCAGCUCGCCAUCGUCUCGGAGCAAUGCGCAGAGCAGGAUACCACACCGACGAAACAGACUAAUUGCUUAGUUACGACCGAUUUGUGUAUUCUAGCAUUGGGCUAUGCCGCAGUCUAUUUCCGGGG